GCGGAGCGGCGCGGGGAUGGGCGGGGGGCGGCGCGGGGCGCGGCGCUGAGCGCCGGCGGGACCCCAUGGACCUGGACGUGGAUUACGAGCGGCCCAACGUCGAGACCAUCAAGUGCGUGGUGGUGGGCGACAACGCGGUGGGCAAAACGCGCCUCAUCUGCGCCCGCGCCUGCAACGCGACGCUGAGCCAAUACCAGCUGCUGGCCACGCACGUGCCCACCGUGUGGGCCAUCGACCAGUACCGCGUCUGCCAGGAGGUGCUGGAGCGCUCCCGCGAUGUGGUGGACGAGGUCAGCGUGUCGCUGCGGCUCUGGGACACCUUCGGGGACCACCACAAGGACCGGCGCUUCGCCUACGGCAGGUCAGACGUGGUGGUUCUCUGCUUCUCGCUGGCCAACCCCAACUCCCUGCGCCACGUGAAGACCAUGUGGUACCCUGAGAUCAAACACUUCUGCCCGCGGACGCCCAUCAUCCUGGUGGGCUGCCAGCUGGACCUGCGCUACGCCGACCUGGACGCCGUCAACCGUGCCAGGCGUCCCUUGGCCAAGCCCAUCCGACCCACGGACAUCCUGCCGCCAGAGCGGGGCCACGAGGUGGCCAAGGAGCUGGGCGUCCCCUACUACGAGACCAGCGUGGUGGCCCAGUUCGGCAUCAAGGACGUCUUUGACAACGCCAUCCGCGCCGCGCUCAUCUCCCGCCGCCACCUGCAGUUCUGGAAGUCCCACCUGAAGAAGAUGCAGCGCCCGUUGCUGCAGGCGCCCUUCCUGCCCCCCAAGCCCCCCCCGCCGGUCAUCCGCAUCCCCGAGCCGCCGGCCAGCCGUGCCUGGGGCCCCGCCGCGCUCUUCUGCACCCCGCUGUGCGCCGACGUCGUCUUCCAGCUGCAGGGCGGGCAGCGCAUCUUCGCGCACCGCGUCUACCUGGCCACCUCCUGCUCCAAGUUCUACGACCUCUUUACCCUGGAGGGGCCGCUGGGGACGGGCAAGGAGCCGGCCGCCCGCGCCCGCAGCCUGGACGGGGAGCGGGGGGUGCUGGGCGAGGGGCUGCAGGGCGGGCUGCGCGCCGUGCAGAGCGACGAGGCGCUGCAGGCGGCGACGGGGGACGGCGCCCGCGAUCUGUCUGCGUGGGGCCGGGGCUUCGUCAGCAUGCGCUGGGAGGUGGUGGCCGACCCGGUGGCCGGGAGGGAGAAGAGGAUGACGGUGGUGUGCAUGGACCGCUCGGUGGCGGCGGAGCCGUUCCGCGCCGUGCUGGAGUACCUCUACACCGGGCGGCUGGAGCGGGCGUGCGCUGACCUGAUGCAGGUGGCCACCAUCGCCGAGCUGCUGGAGGUGUUCGACCUGCGCAUGAUGGUGGCCAACGUGCUCAACAAGGAGAGCUUCAUGAACCAGGAGAUCACCAAAGCCUUCCACGUGCGCCGUGCCAACCGCAUCAAGGAGUGCCUGGGGAAGGGCGUCUUUGCAGACGUGGUGUUCCGCGUGGACGACGGGGCCGUGCCGGCGCACAAACCCCUGCUGAUAGCCGGCUGUGACUGGAUGAUGGCCAUGUUCCGGGGGGCGUUCCGGGAGAGCUACGCUGCCGAGGUGAGGGCACGGGGACGGUGGGAGGGGGCUGCCGCGGGGAGCAGCCGGCACGGCGCCGUGCCCACGGCAUCCCCGCGCUCGGCCCUGGCCGCGUGGGGGUCCGGGUGGGGGUUUGUCCUUCCCGCAGCGCCGGUCCCCGCGCCCCUGUCCUGCAGGUCUCCCUGCCGGGCACCAACUGCGCCUGCCUGCGUGCCGUCCUCGAUUUCCUCUACACCGGGGUGUUCACGCCCACACCCGACCUCGACGCCAUGGAGCUGCUCAUCCUCACCAACCGCCUCUGCCUGCCCCGGCUGCAGGCGCUCACAGUACGCCGUGGAUGAGCUGCUCCGCGCCUUCAUGCAGCAGGUGGAGAUCGACGAGCAGGUGCUCAUCUACCUGGAGAUGACUCAGUUCCACAACGCCCGGCAGCUGGCCGCCUGGUGCCUGCACUACAUCUGCACCAACUACAACAGCGUGUGCCGCCGCUUCCCCCGCGAGAUGAAGUUCAUGUCCCCAGAGAACCAGGCGCACUUCGAGCGGCACCGCUGGCCGCCGGUGUGGUACCUGAAGGAGGAGGACCUGUACCUGCGCUCCAAGAAGGAGCGGGAGCGCGAGGAGCAGCUGCAGCGCAAGCAGCACACCCGCAGCAAGUGGUGCUUCUGGCGGCCCUCGCCCCACGUCUCCUGAGCCGGGGCUGCGGC